AGAAGACUAAAAUAUAUAAAAAAUCCUACAUGGUAUUAGUAUUAUGAAUAGUACUGUAUAUGAGACAACCAACAGUGGUAGGAGCACUGUGGAAAAUUUAGAAACAACUGCAACAAGCGACCUAACAAGUUUAAAUUUUUUGACUCCAACCACAUCCCAUAGUGGAACAUCAUUUGCAACUUCACAAGUAACAAAUAAUAUGACAAGCACGACAACAUUAGAAGAUGGUGAACCUUAUGGUGGGGGAUUUUACAUUGGACUUAGUCUCGCUAUUAGUUCAAGUAUAUUUAUUGGCGGGAGCUUUAUUUUGAAGAAAAAGGGCCUCCUGCGUUUAGCAAAAAAGGGGUCGCAAAGGGCGGGAGAUGGAGGCCAUGCAUAUCUCAAAGAAUGGUUGUGGUGGGCUGGACUUAUUACUAUGGGUUUGGGAGAGGCGGCCAAUUUUAUUGCAUAUGCAUUUGCACCAGCGACAUUGGUCACUCCACUUGGCGCGCUGAGUGUCCUAGUCAGCGCUAUUUUGGCGUCAUAUUUUCUUAACGAAAGGCUGAAUUCUCUUGGAAAAGUUGGAUGUGUUCUCGCAAUUCUUGGAUCAAUGAAUAUCGUUACUCACGCCCCUCAAAAAGAAGAAGUUGACAGCCUCACAGAAAUGGCAGAAAAAUUAAUAGACCCACUGUUUGUUUGUUAUGCUUUAAUUAUUCUCGGUAUCUCAUUGUUUUUGAUUUUCUACAUGGCACCGAGGAAAGGCACAACAAAUAUGUUGAUCUACAUUUCGAUCUGUUCAUUGCUUGGGUCGUUUUCAGUUUCGUGCGUCAAAGGAGUAGGUCUCAUUUUCCGGGAUUAUUUCGCUAACCGACCAGUUUUUACUUUACCGAUAACGUAUUUCCUGAUUUUCUCUCUCAUUGCGACAAUUUCAACGCAAAUUAACUACCUGAAUAAAGCUUUGGAUAUUUUUAACACGUCAAUGGUGACACCGAUAUAUUAUGUCCUAUUUACUACAGCAGUAUUGACGUGCUCUGCCAUACUUUUCAAGGAAUGGCGAGAAAUGAUUGUCAAAGACGUCUUUGGAAUUUUAAUCGGAUUUUUCACAACAGUAAUCGGAAUCUUUCUUCUUCAUUUCUAUAAAGAUGUAGAAGUCCCAUCCACACCGCUCCCGAUUUUGACCCCACAAGACAGGCUAAAUGAUACCUCUAGAAACGGGCAUCGUGUUUACUUUGCAAAUAACUCAACGAACCAUGGGAAUGAAAAACUAGAGCUUCUAGACCACAUGGAUACUUUGUAUUCCGAGGAAGACGAGGACACAACAAUAUUUGAAACUCAGAAUAAUCAGAGGAAUAAAAUAGGAAUAAAUAGUUGAAAACUACAAAAUACAAGUUAAAAUAACCGUAUUUUAUGAAAGAUUAUGGCAUAUCAACAUUAUUGCACUUAACAAACUUCAAACUUGACUGGCCAAAUCAUUGAAAGGUUGGUA